AACGAUUUUUUGCAGCUUUCUCAACCUUAAAACGACUGAAACGCAUAUCAACGGCGGUGAUAACAGUUACAUAAUCGCCUUUAGUUGGCUUCCCGCCCAUGACCAAAAAGCAAUGAGGGGCUAAUGAGUGACAGCACUGCUUUUGUUCCAGUAAACUUAGUGCCUUCACAGUAUUUGUGAGAUCACGGUCUAGUAGGACCAUUUGGUAGGUUUGCCCACAUGAUAAGUAAAGCAGGAGAGUGCCCUAGUUGAUUGCGAAUCAUCUUUUCCACAAGUCCACAUGUGUAGCGCUAGUACUAACAGUGGUCGAGAUACCUCACACGCGACGUCCAGCUCUCAAGCAAGAGAGCGCAGAACCGGACUGUCGUGCGCAGAAUGUCGUCGAUCGAAAUUAAAAUGUGACAGGGCAAUCCCAUGUCAAGCAUGUGUUCGAAGAGGAUGUGCAGCCAUUUGUCCUGAGGGAACGCUAACUGCAACGAAGGGAAAUAAGGUUCUGCAGGCUAGGGCGCAGAAGCUCGGGGAGCAAGUCCAGUCAAUGACGGCCAGAAUCAAGGAACUGGAAGCUGCCCUCUCUGAGGCCCAGAGUACGGUUCAAUCCGCUUCAAGAGCUCCUCCUCCCCAGGUGCCAGAAGAACCAAACAGGGAGCCAGAUGCUGAAGUACAUCGUUUGAUUGAAGCCGUGGGCUCUCUUGCCAUCAACGAUGACGGCGCAUCCAAAUACCAUGGCAGUACAUCCUCAUCCGAAUAUUUGACUUCGUUACUUCCCAGUGACGGUACCGAGAAACUGGCACAACGAGACCCAAAAUUCCUUGGUCUGCCUUCUGAGAUUUUGAAUCUGUUGUAUGCUUUCCCACUUGGGAUGCCUAACUGCCCUCAUGAUACGUCGAUAUUUGCCUGUUUUAUACCCUCGCGCGAGACGGCUCUUGAGCUGGCGGACGCUUAUUGGUUGUGCGCUGCAUGGCAAUUUACCCCUAUCUUGCGGUCGGACUUCUAUGAAAAUAUCUUCGACUCGAUUUACGUCUCAGGGGAAAUUGUUCUCGACCGCAUCCGCCCUCACGAGUUAUCAUUAUUCUUCGCUAUCUUGGCCGCUGGCCUGUUAUGGAACAACGAACCCUCUGCUGCUUACGUUCGUGAUCAGUACGACGCUCUGGCUCGCGCGGCGUUUUCUCUGGCACCUAUCGCGAAGAGCGUUACUUGUACCACCUCUCAAGUCCUCUUCUGCAUGGUCCGAUUUCUCAAUAAUGUUUAUCGGACGUGUGCGGAGGAAUGUUGGCUUUUGCACGGAAUCAACGUGAGGAUCUCACAGAUGAUUGCCCUUCAAUACGACGGCCUAGCAUUCAAGCUCGAAGAGAAAGAGCUGCAGCGCAGACGAUUGAUGUUCUGGGAACUCUACACAUGGGACGUCUGGAACGGAUUUGUUAUGGGCCGUGUCCCCAGUCUUCGAUUGGAAUUUACCGACUGUAAAUUCCCUGCCAAUGACUCAGGCCAUGAACAAGUCUCGGGAGAAUGGGGGUUCCACGCUUGGAAGUUCAGGUACACUGCUGCGAUUCUUCCAGCAACAUUACGACAUGCCUUCAGCCCAGGAAACAUGCCUUACACAUCCUUGAUAGAAUUGGAUCGUAAGAUCCGCACGUUUCCUAUGCCUUCUCACCUCCAACUCGACUUACAAAGUACCAAUCAACGGUCUUGGUCCAUGGACUUACCAACAGCGUUGCAGCAGUUAGGCUGUAUUUUCAUGAAGGAAACCAAUCUGCUUUAUCUCCACCGGAGUUAUUUUGCUAUCGCUAUUCACGAUGAUCCAGUCAACCCUCUGUCACAUUCGUACGGGGCGUCGGUCGUGGCUACUUUUCGGAGUGCCUGCCGUAUGUGUCUUGCGGCGAAGGGACUCUAUUUGUUGCACCCCAAAGCCUUGAGCCAAGUAUGGUACUACUGGUCACAACUUUUCUCGGCUUGCGUUGCUCUGGCUGCUCUGGUCUUAGGCGCUCCACACUGCUCGCUGGCGCAGGAAGCUCUGAUAGAAUUGAAUAGCGCUGUUGCUUUCUAUGAAGAGGGUUCAACUUUAUGUCGGCCUUCAAAGACUAUGCAAAUUUUGUCCAAGCUCAAACAAAGGGCAAGAGACCUUUAUGCUCAAUGCCGCUCCCAACCGAGCGAUCCUGAUCAUUCGAAAACCGCGCUGCGCUCCUCGGAUCCGGAGACUGCUGAUGAGUUCGGUAUUCUCAACGGUCGCAUUGGGGUCAUACGGCACAAGUCGGAAUCGCCAGCCCAUUCUCCAUGUGCUGACCAGGCUUUGCGAAAAUCACAGAGUCCUCCAACCACGUCAUUGAAUAAUCUGCCACUCUUCCCCGUGCAGCUUCACCAUUCUCAGAUAGCACAACCCCAGGUCCCAACGAUACACCCGGGCAACAACCCGGCUUCCUUUACAAACCAGAUGCCAACGUCGUUUCCCACCCAUGACGGUUCAUUCAUGGAGUCCGGUCCCUCUUCCACCACCUACCAAGACACCUUGUCGCGCUUCUUAUCUUUUGGUCCCCUGGAGUCCGUUCCUCAUCCCGGCUAUGCUCAAGGAUUAGAUCCAUCGUAUGAAUUCGACAUGAUGAGCGGGCAAGUACCUUACAAUACUGGCAAUGGGUCGGCUUUCCAGCCAACCCAUGACACAAACGAGGGGAUAGUCCGAAGGGAUACCUGGUCAAGCUUUAUCGAUAGACUGAUGGCUGACCCAACACCGCAUGUAUAAAACUGUAAGUUUUUUUUUCAAGUCCCGUCCCGUGGCUACGAGACCCUCUUCAUUACGUACCUUGUCUCCUGUCUCCUGAUAUUGCUUUCGGAAUAGUUGGAAUCGUAGUAGUAGUUGCUGUCUCGUCCUGCUAUAUACCCCUCUCGUAACUAUAAACUUAUUAUCUUGCUUUCUUGCAUUUUGUUCUUAAACAA